AUGUCGUCCCAGAAUCAAGGCCCUCGCCGCAUCGGCCAAUGGAUAUACCUCAGAGCGGAAUGCAUCGACGAGUACAAGGAGUGCCAUGUAAAAGUAUGGCCGGCAGUGCUCGAACAGAUCAAAGACUCCAACAUCAAAGACUACUCGAUUUACCUGUCUCUCACUCCUCGUCCCAUGCUCUUUGCAAGUUUUAAAUACGUCGGCAAUGCCUUCGACAAAGACAUGGAGCGCAUGGCAGCCAACCCUACAGUCCAGGAAUGGUGGCAAAUGACAGACAGAAUGCAAGAGUCCCCAGUUGAAGGGGCAGUUGGGAGCGCCAGUGGGCCGAGUUGGUGGGGGAAUACCGAGGAAGUAUUUUAUAUGGAAUAA